AUGUCGGUGACGGAGGAACCGCUUUGCGUCGACGCAGCCUGGCUGGCGGGCGUAGACGGCAGCAGCUCUUCAUCGCGCCAGCUACCGCGGAAGCCGAGCUCUAAGGGCGGGUGGUCGGAGCCUCUCGGAGGGCAAAGGCCCGGGCCACCGACCCCGCCGUAUACUAGCGCGCCGUGCGUGAUGGUGCCGGUUGCGGUCGACGGCAGGACGCGGUCGCGCGCGUCAAACGUGUGUCAAGGGUCGCGGCUGAGUCGCGACUGA